AUUUGUUUCACUCUCAAAUUUUAUUCUAUACUUAACUAUUUUGUCACUAUAGGCUGUAAUUCAAUUCCCAUGCGUAAUGACUAAACUGUGGAAGAAGUCUCCUGAGUGGAAUCUAUCAUUACGAGGAACUAAAUUGAAGUGGACAAUUUCUGAUUAAAUUUCAGCGGCUCUAGACUUGAAUUGCUUUGAAUUGAUAUUUAAAUCAGGGAUCACUUGCUUCAUAGACGGAGUACGGAGGAAGAAAUCUUUGCAUUUGACGAUUGGGGUGAUAGAUCGGCUGUACAAACACUGUAUCUGCUGAAUUAAAUCAUCCAAAUCUACCUAAUUUAUUUCAAAAUAACGGGAAUUAUUAAAGAGGAUUUUGACACAGCAUUUGGCUGAGGUUUAAUAGCAUGGAUUUGCCCGGCACCUGGGACGAUCUUCGUAAGCAGGCAAGAAAAUUAGAAGGGCAACUGGAUGAAAAGUUGUCAUCUUAUAGAAGGCUGAUUAACACCAAAAUUGAGGGUUCUGAGCAAGAUCAUGAAGCUGGAAUAGAGAGAUUGCUUCAACAACUACAGAAUGUUAAUGCACAGAUGCAAGUUUGGGUAUCAUCAGGAAGUUCAGACAUUCUUUCUCAUACUCUUACUAGGCACCGGGAAAUCCUGCAUGACCUUAGUCAGGAAUUCACCAGGCUUCGCUCAAGCUUCAAAGCCAGACGGGAACAUGAAGCAUUGCUACAAAACUUCGGUGCACGUGUUCAUUCAAAUGGUGAUCUUGAAAGCAAUAGCGAUUCAGCAGAACAAGCACUUCUAAAGGAGCAAGCCAUUCUGCAAAGGAAUACUGGACAGAUAGACAACGUGGUCCUCCAGGCCCAAGCUACUCUUGGUGCACUUGUGUUUCAGCGGUCCACCUUUGGAAAUAUUAGCUCAAAACUAAGCAAUGUCAGCGGUCGCUUACCCUCAGUGAACCAUGUUCUAUCAGCAAUCCGUCGCAGAAAAUCUAUGGACACAAUAAUUCUUUCUCUUGUAGCAUCUGCUUGCACUGUAUUUAUUUUGCUCUACUGGCUUUCAAAGUAAGCGAUGUCUUACAAUUUCAAAAAGAGAAGGUAUGCUUCAGAUGCAGGAAGGUUCAUGCUUCCAGAAUAGCAUUUAUCAAAUAUGUUGUCUCCAAUUUUUGGCUUUCUGCUAGCUUAGUCAAUUUGUCAAAAUGAGGUCCAUAUGGUGCAUGUUCAUAUUAAUAUUUUUUGAAACGAAUGGUUUUAAUACCACAUUUUUUUUCAUUUUUCA